AUGAAGACCAAGACCAACAAGGUUAUCCCCAAGCCCAUCCGCGGCCUCGAACCUCUCAUCGCCAGGCCCUCUGCUAACCUCGAGCUCCCGCGCACCAACAAGAACAUCGACCCCAGCCAACGAGAUCGCCUCCGCGACCUCGAGCGUCGUGUGGAGAAGGUCGUCGAGCGCAAGUCCGUGGAGACGAGCGACGCCCUCGCUAUCCUCGGGCACAAGUCUGCCGCACAUAGCAACGCCGUCGCUGCAUUCGAGGUCACUUCCAGCAGCCUUAAGCGUCCCGUGAGCAAGCAGGACAAGGUCAUCGGCAAGACCAAGCGUGUGAUGCCGCUCAAGAUUGAUGAGGAUGAGGGAUACGACGGCGAUGUCAGCGUACAGUCGUCGUCGAAGAUAUACAUCGACGCGGCUGCGUCGAACGACUACGUUUCUCUUGACGCCAAGGUCGAGGACCUGGACGUCGACACGUCGCUGGAGCACGCCCGCUCGGCGGGCCGCGCGGCUGAGGAGCAGUAG